GGCAGAACAGGUAAGGGAAGGAAAUGAGUCCGGGGACAGAGGAUGAAGGCAAGGGAGCAAUCAGCACCUGGGGGCCUGGGGGUUGAAUCGGGAGAAUUAAUUCCAUGGCCUCAGGAAUCGGUGAUUAGUUGCCUCUGCACGAAGACAACCGGGAAUCGUUUUUUAUUUUAGUUGAGAGGAUUGUGAGCAAUUGAACUUUGUAGUUUAUGUGAAUACAGAACUGGAAUGUUGAGAUGAGAUGGUAUUUUGGGAAGAAUUAUGGGAUUUGAGUUAGUGAGAAGGAAUCGCUCGCGGAAUAGCAGUUACAGGAAUUGACAGUUCGGAUGGUUGCAUUUAAAAAUUUUCAAUACGCGGUGUUGUGUGUUGCGUGAAGCACAACGCGGUUAGCUAUUGCUGUGGGUGGGUCGGGACCUUUCAUAAGGUGUCCAUCGGGGAAUGGUUGGAAGGAAGAGCAGAAGUAGAAGCCCAGUUGGAUGAUUUAUCGGUAUGGGGAUGAUUAGGUUCCUGCGAGGUGGAUUAUUAUCGUGAAUACGAAGAACUUUUGAUGAACCUUGAUUGUGCCGAGAUGUCGAUGGACUGGAUGUCAGAUGCAGUAUCCAGGUUCAUCCAAAGCCCCUCGUACUUACAGCCGCUGCUGGAAUUCAUCGAUGAAAAUUGUUCUGUGUUUGAAGACAAGGAGGCAAACAAGCUCGAGUACACAAUCCAUGGUACCUUCAAGCAGCUUGUUGACGGUCUCAUAAGUGACUACCUUGCUUCUUUGGACGUUCCUGUGCACGAGUUUGUACAGAACCUUGCCAGGCACAUAAAUGAAGAGGCUUACGACACCCUUGUGAAAUCUAUAUUGACUGUUGAUGAUUUUGGCCUUUUUAAGGACAUGAUGUUGAAGCGGAACAGCCAGCUAGAUGAUGAGGAUUGUAUCUACGAACCUAUGGAUCUGGAACUUCUUGAAGGUCUGAACAUCACACGGGUCAAUGAUCUGGAUGAAGUUAUAGAGCUUUGUUAUCGACCUUUAGAACUACAGAAGGAGCAGGUCGAUAAGAAAGCCGCGUUACAGCAAAACCCAUUCAUGCUCUCAUUGACUAAAGAGGAGAAAGACAUUCCCAAGACCGAGAAAGCACCUAAAGCUGAACACGCCAAGGUCGCCGCCUGUUAUAAUAGCCCAAAAGCAGAAGCCUCUAUUGUAGCUUACAAUCAUGGAAUCCGAGCUGAAUUUCCUCCAGCAGCAGAGCAGUCCCCGAAUGUGAUUCCGCUCGUUUCCACGAAACCACACAUAAACGAUGUGGGUGACUUCACAAUUGAACCCCAGCCUCGAUAUCAGCUUGACCAAAAUAGUGAAGGAGCUUCGGUCACCAAGCGCAGAGACCAGGUGGUACGUCACCACAUUUGUUCUCAAAAGAAAGUAGACAGAGAGAAAAAGCCCCGGGCUACAGAUUAUUUAGAGAAUAGGAGAAGCAACCCGUAUUUGCAGCAGUAUCUAAAGCGGGAGUCUUUUGCAAAACCCACGAACCCCCAAGAUGCUGAGGCUGUGAAGAGAAGAGAAACCCUUAUGAAGGAGUUAGCGAUGAAGUUAAAAGAUGAGCUUGUCACGAAAGAGAUCGAAACUGCGGACAGAAACUUUUACACAUGGGGGACCUGAGGCUACUAUAACCUUUUUUAGUCAGAAUUGGGGGCGAAAUUGUCUGUCCGUGGAACCAGCGGCGACUCCGCUGGUUCAGAGUCACGUUGGUUUCUCGUGAAUUUUCAUGAGCUCAAUUUUUCCGUGGAAAUGGUGUGCCUCGAUUUGCAGUAUAAUCGUGAUGGUCUCACCUGUUAGACACUACCAAUGACGAAAAUUCAUUUUUAUGAAGAUGAUGGUCGUUUUAACAUUCCCCUAUUUACAUAAAAACGUGAAACUUGAUUUUUCGUGAAAAUUUUUUGAAUCUCAGUAGUAAUUCUAUUUGACAGGAAUACAAGACGGUCAUAUACUUUCGAAGAAAUAUUGACUGAUCAAUAAGAUACUCAUACCAUCUUUCAAACAAAUUUAUUCCCUCGUAUCUCAAGCUUCAUUUCAUUCCCCUCGAGCUUGGAAUAAAAAUGUGUUGAAGGUUUCUCCAUGUUCACAUAUCUCGUCAACGUAUGUCAAUUAAUCCUAAUAACGCGCGUAGAUUGCCUUGCUCAAGAGUAACGAGUUGUGUGUAUUCUCCUCCCGAAGUGGCCAUAAUAGGUCCUUGCAUGAUAGAGCAAGUCAAUAGGAGAUCAGAUCCAAUCAACAAAAUGUCAUGAUUAUUAUCUAGUUCUAUGUUGGUGACCGAAGGAUAUAAUGUUAAUGGUAAUAAAUCAAGCCCAAGGGAUCCGAAGGGUCAAAAGGCUCAAAAAACACAAAACAAUCAACCAGUCAAAACCAAGGGGAGCACUCCCUCUAAAGCAGGAAGAGCAGCAGAGCGAAGAUUGAUGACAUCUCUAAAGUAGCAACCAAAAGCGUAAGGCUCGAGUUGAAGUAAAGAAUAAAAUUUUGUUACAACAAUCUUAUGAGCCGUUCUAAUCUCCCUACAUCUAGAAAAAAUAAAAAAACACAUGUUCUUCA